UUACAUGACCUGAGAUGUUCAAUGUGAAGAGACGUAAAUAUGGCAUGUUCAGCGGUGCGAAGGAUUUUAACUGAUAUUACGCGGUUUUCUGGAAGUCCUGGAACAUCUGGGCUGUGGAGUUUGAGACCACACACAGUUCGAGCACUGUCUGUCACUUCACAUUGCUGUGCAAAGUCCCUAAAAUCUCCAGGUGGCAAUGACGAGGACGAACUGCCCAAGCCCAUCAAGUUCUCCACAAGUAAAGGCAGCCAUCGGACUUGGAAGGUGGAACGCUCAAUGGGCAGUACACACCAGCGGCCUUGGUGGCAGGUUUUGCCAUUCAGCAUAUUGGGAGUCUCCUUCCUUCUCUGGUGCUUUUUCCGUAAGGAGUCAGAGAUUGACCAAGCUCUUGAGAAGCAGCUGUUCGAACAUUUACCUGGGUUACUGACAGUCAUGGAGGAAGAGGAGGAGGAGAAAGAGGAGGAGCAAACAGAGGCACUCAAAAAAGAACCCUGACAAAGGACUAAAAUGAACAAUCUAUAGCUUCAAUAUUUAAAUGUCAUUACUGCACUGUUUGGAUCAUGGGGUUGCAGAGAUGAAUACAGCAUCGACCCUGAAGGCUGAGGACAUUUUUUCCUAAUUUGUCAUUUGUCUUCAGCUUAGAAUGUUGUGAUACUGAUUUCAUCUUUACUUAAUCAGGGAGGAGGAAAAAAAAAAGACUAGUUUAAAGUGAUGUAAAUGAUGGUUGUGCAGUCUGUAUUAAAGACAGUCUUGAUAAUCCUUUAUGUAUUUGAAUAGAUUACUGAAAAUUCAGUAAUAUGUUAUUUGGUUGAUGUGUUAGGAAUAUGAUGUGCUGAUGGCUAAUUAAUUAGCUUUCAGUGACAUUGCAAGAUACCAGGCUUGCACAAUUGAAUGAAUUGUGUAUGAACAGUCAUGUUGAUAGUUUGAAAAAAUGCUCAUAAAGAAUUGUUUACACAUGGAGAGCUCAGUGCUUUUACUGUGUGAUAAUACUUUACAGUACUUUAAAAGCAAAAGUGAAUAAAAUGGUUUGGACAAAGAUACGUUAGAUGUUCAGAUGUUUUUUGCAAAACACACAGAUUUACCCCUACCUACAUUUGGGGGAGAAAAAAAAAAAAGUCAACCAAGACAUGAGGUUUUAUU